CCCGGCAGGGCCGCAGAGUGGAGGCUGCGUCACGGCGCCCGCGAGCGUUAGUGCGGCGGUCACUGCAGCAGACUGGAAGCCCAGAGGGCGGCACUUUCCCCACCCAGGGGUCUGACUGUCGAGGCCGAAGCACUGCGUGGGAAGCGCCGGGCCUUCCCCAAGCGACUGGCGGCGAUGCGUACUCCCAGCCAGCACGGAAAAAGUCGGGCCGGCACGGCGGGCAAGGACUACGGCGCCUGCCAAGGGCUAAAAAGCGCCCGGCCCGGGGGCGGGGCCUAGCGGAGGGGCGGGGCCGGGCGGCCGGCCGGGAGGGAGCGUGCUCUCCCGCCGCGUGCAGGGCGGUGCGCGUGUCUCCCCGGUGCAGCCAGCAGUCCGGAGCUCCGCCGCUCGCACCCCAGGCUGCCCGGCCGGCUCUUGGGCUGCACGGCUUUUGCCCUAGCCGCGAGACUUAGUGAGCAGGUAACAGGGAGCCUUGCAGGACCUGGGAGGGGAUGACGAGGGUAGAGGGGAGUUAGAGGGGCGUCUGGACAGGAGUGAGGGUGAGGGGCGGAAAGACCUUAAAGCGCGACGGUCGGGUCGGAGCUUUGUAAAGUCGUUUCACAUCUUGAGCCCUCUGCUCUUCCUGGGAGCCCUGAGUUAGAAGGGCGCUGAUGCGCUCACUCGUGGGAGACUUUGCGUAUCCCAUGGCUCUGUGGUUGUUUCAGGCUUUGCCUCGCCGCAGGUUGCAGCUGGGGACACACCGGCCGUCUCUUUUUUUGAGGACUGGCGCUUUACCCCGAAUCAUAGGGAUCGGGCGCGCCAACUAUGGCUUGUCUUUUCAAAAACAUGAAAUUCUGCAUCUCUUUCCCUUUAGGGGAGUUCUUUGCUCUCGGAGCAAAAUAAAAAAAGUAAAUGGGAAAGGUGCAGCUCCCUGAGAGGAAGCCAGCCGCGGAUAAUGACUGGGUGUGGUCUGGCCUGCCUGCCCCAUAAAUCCUCCCCCCCCCUCCCAGAACAGCGUGUCCCAUCCCUUGUACUCCCUCCUAGCAAUUAUUGCAUCUGUUUGGGGAUCUCUGAAGCCUAAAUAAUUUCUUUAAGAACUUGGCUAAUGUCCCUCCUUAGCCAGGAGAAGUUAUGAAGAGACCCGUGGGACAACAUUAUAAAAGAUAAUUGGUCAAACCUUUGUAGUGGCGGCCAGUAAUAACCCCUCAUGGCAAGAAGGUUCCUCUCCUGCUGCCCUCCUGAAGCCUGGUAGGGACGGCGCCUGCGUGUUGUGCUACUCUAGGUAGGGGCUAUGCAGUUACUCGCCCCAGGACUACCCUUGAGCGCAAGUUCCUGAGCUAGAUGAUGUGUGAACAACAGAACUGUGUAAAAAAGUAAUGAUCUGGGUUCUCAAGAAUUUCAAGAAAUUUAAGCCGGGCAUAAUGGCAAAAGCCUGAAAUCCCAGCACUCAGGAGAUGGAGGCAGGAGAAUCCCAGCGAGUUUGAGGCCAGCCUGGGCUAUAUGGUGAGUUCAGUCCAGUUUGAGCUACACAGCAAGAUCCUGUCUCAACCGAAAAUAAAAGAAAGAAUUUGAGGGAGAUGAUACCUGCGGUAUAAGGCCUUGGGGAUGUGAACAGAGAGGAGGUAAAAUGAGGGGCUGUAGAGAUACAGGCGGGAGGAAUUUUUGAGGAGUAGCCUUUUGCCAGUUUUACAAGAUCGCUAUUAGGACAUCUCAGCAGAAAUGUGGUGCUCUCUGUAGUUUGGGUAUUUUCCCUCUAGGCAAAAGGAAAGCACUAGAGGUUCAGUGGAGUGAUAACCUUCCAAGCCAUGAGCUCAGCAAUAAUUCUCUUCAUAGUGGAUUUUUGCCAAACUGGUUUGUGAUAGGACAUAGAAAGGUGAUUAAGUCUCCAGGGGACCUUCACACCUGCAGGUCCCUCUGCCUUUCUGUCAGCCUCCUCCUGGACACCCUCUUCUGCUUCUCUGCCUGCCGCUGCCCCUCUGUGCUGUCAGGUUUCUGCUCAGAUAUUCUGAGUAAGACGUGCCCCAGCGCUGAGUUUUCCAUAGUCCCACCAAUGUUUCCUGUUUUACCCUUCUUCACGUCUCCGCCACUCCCUUCCGCAUGCUAGAAGAUGUGUUUGGCUCAUUUCCCAUACUAGACCCUGAGCUCCGUGACAGCAGAGAUUUUGUGUGGGCCACUGCCUUCUUCCCAGGCCCUGGAAGACUGUGACACUGAAAGUGCUCAAUAAAGACUGGGUGAAUGGAUGAUCCAAGACUCUCCUGGGGCACAGGCGAGAACUGGCAGUUGCAACAUGACAGUACAGCAGUUGUAAAAAGCAGAGUAAUGCUUGAGAAACACAGAGAAGGGACAGCAUUUGCCUGCUCCUCUGGUGUAACUAGUUUUAAUGGCUGGGAAUAAAGGAAGAGGACGUGCUGCCUAUACCUUUAAUAUUGAGGCUGUUGGGUUUGGCAAAGGUGAAAAGUUACCUGAUGUUGUGUUGAAGCCACCCCCACUGUUUCCUGAUACAGAUUAUAAGCCAGUGCCGCUGAAAACAGGAGAGAGUGAAGAUUACAUGCUGGCCUUGAAACAGGAACUGAGAGAAACAAUGAAAAGAAAGCCUUACUUUAUUGAAAAAACUGAAGAAAAACCAGAUAUUGAAAGGUACAGUAAAAAAUACAUGCAGGUGUACAAAGAAGAGUGGAUACCAGACUGGAGAAGACUCCCAAGAGAGAUGAUGCCAAGAAAAAAAUGCAGAAAAGCAGACCCAAAAUCCAAAAAGGCCAAAGGUACAGACAAAGUCUCUUCGCUCAUUAAUACUGCAGAUGUGUUGAAAAAAAUUGAGGAACUGGAAAAGAGGGGUGAUGGUGAAAAAUCUGAUGAGGAAAAUGAAGAGAAAGAAGGAAGCAAAGAAAAAAGUAAAGAAGGCGAUGAUGACAAUGAUGACGACGAUGCAGAACAGGAAGACUACGACGAGGAAGAGCAGGAAGAGGAAAAUGACUACAUCAAUUCAUACUUCGAAGACGGAGAUGAUUUUGGUGCUGACAGCGACGACAACAUGGAUGAAGCAACCUAUUAGCCAUGAAAUUUCUCAGGACAGUUUUCAUAAUUCACCUUCUGAGUAUUUCGGCAAACUUGAUUUGUUUUGUUUCUGAUAAGGAAUGAGUACCUGUUUUGUCUGUUUCACUGGACAAAUACUUGUAGCAAAAUAUGUACAACUACUUUGAGUUUGUAGUUACCUUAUAAACGAGUCUCUGUUCUGACAUUCCUCCUGAGUACCUCUGCCACCCCUCUUAUGUCUGCUAGUGGAGUUUUGAAAAACUUGUAUUUGAAUGUGCCUCAAGAGCUUUUGCAUCUCCUAAUCUAUAGCUCCAUACUUGAACACAUCAGUUUUCUUUAACUGAUCUUUUCUAAAGAUUAUUAUGAGUCAUAGUGGCUUUCUAUAAUGUACAAGUUGACAAGACAGCACAUGGAGCACUUUAAAAACAAACUUGAAAAUUAUUUUUCCUUUUAUGUGGAAUGUACUGUACUACAUUAUGACUACAGAAACUUACCUGACCUCUCACAAACGCAAACUUAAGAGAUUAAAAGUUUUGUGAUCAAAAACACACACAGGGAAAGAUGUCCACAUGAGCGAUACCAGUUUCACAGUCCACAUCUCACUGUAAAGAGGUUUUCCUGUUCGAUGAAUAUAAUAGUUGGAUUUGGGGCUACUUCAGACCAUACAAUAUAUGUGAUCUCGCUGUAGUAAGUUGGAUAUCCUCAAAUAGUUAAGUUUAUGAAAAAUUAGACUGCCCCACCUUGUUUACUGUUGGACUUCAUAGCAGUGUGGAGUAAGUUCAGUUGUAUCAGUUUCACAGGAGCAAACUCAGUGUGAGCUUGGUGAAGGGCAGAGGCCUGUGUGUUUCACGGGCCUCAUGUGCUGUACAGUGGUUAUAUAAUAACACAGAACGAACUCAGGUCAUUUUGAAAUUAAGAUUAGUCCUUUUUUAAUUUAAAAGCUAGCUCCCCUUCCAUUUCAUAUUCUGGGGAGAAAAUACCUAGAAACCUCAGCCUCCACUGAACUAAAAAUGCCAAAGAUUUUCAAGAAAAUUCAUAUUAUAUAUUUCAAAAACAACUUAUUAAUAUUACACACCAAAAUAAAUAUAUUUUUCUCCUUGGGAUGAUAUCACCCAUCUGCCUGAGCACCAGAGCCCUAAAUUCUGUUUCUACCUAUAUUAAAUUCCACCUUGAAGCUGAACAUGAUUAAGUUUCUGUGCCUUAGUUGCUCCACUUGUAAAGAGUUUCCUAUAAAAGUUUUUAAACACUAACCAGAAUUUCACCUUACAUACAUUCUCUUUGCCUAUUGAAAUAACCAGGUCUUAAAUUUGGUUCUUACCUUCUGAUCAGGCACAGCUGUAACUGAAAACAGUUCUAAGACAUGUUUUCCUAGUAAAAUGUAUUACUGUAAUCAGAUUUUUCCCUUGUUAUUUGUAGGGAAAACUGGAAAAAAUUUGUGUUGCGUGAUUUCGCAAUGUGACUCUCAGGAAAAAGAUCACUUUCAAUGGCAAUACUUGCUCAAGUAAUUCUAGAUGGGUUGAAAUCCCAUCUAACUAGUUUAGUGCUGUGUUCAUUUUAUGUGACUUAUUUAAAGUUUAUCAAACUGUAAGGCUCUAAAUUGAAACAGUCUUCAAGCUGCAAUCCAUUAAGAGUAAAAACUUCAAAAAAAAAAAAAAAAAGUAAAAACUUCACAUGAAAGUUUCCAGGAAUAAUGGCGAAGUUGUCAUUUGGGAAUGAUGAUGUAGUUCCAUUCUUAUGGAUCCCUGGUAUCACAGUCAAGUACUACUGUUUAGUUCAUAGGAAUCUUGUCUCUACACUGUUUUCUUGGUUUAUUACAAGUCUGUCUUAACUACUUGAAUCAGGCAAAUACACUGAAGAUAAUUAGUUCUUUUCCUAGAUUUUGAUCAGCCUUCACUGGGAUAGUCUUGCAGAUUGUAGGGCAGUCCCUCUGGGCAGGGAUUUACCCUAGGAGGCCCCAGCUAGGUGUAUUCUUUCCCCUUUUGGAAGAUCUUUUUAUAAUUUUAAAGUAUAUAAAUUGUGAGGACAGAAUCUGCAGAUUGUUUUAUUUACUAGCAUAAACCUUUUUUUCCUGGCUUAAGAUCUGACACUGUGAAGUUACUCCAUAGGGAAGUAAACAGUAUUUUGCAGCGAGUGUCUUUAAUAUAUAGAAAAGUACUUGUUGGUGAAGUAUCUUUAAAUUGUUAAAACUGGUUGCUAUAAUGCUUUUUUCUUUUGUAUUUGUUUACACAUUAAAUUCUUCCAAUAUAAAAUUGUGUCA